AUGUACAUUAAGAAAGUUCUAUUGAUUGUUGAAAAGGUGCAAGCACCUAAAGUCAAGCUGGGAGAAAAGAUCACAGCUCUUCAACAAAUUGUGUCUCCUUUUGGAAAGACAGAUACAGCAUCUGUGCUGUUUGAAGCAAUAGGGUACAUAGAGUAUCUUGAAGAACAAGUCCAGUUACUGAGUAACCCUUACUUGAAGGCAAAUUCACACAAGGAUCCAAGGGGAAUGUACUUUGAUAGAAAAGACAAGGACGAUGCGAAAAUGGAUCUUCGAAGCAGAGGUCUUUGUUUAGUUCCAACUUCAUGUACAGCUUUAGUUUAUAGAGAGAACACUGGACCAGAUUACUGGACACCAGCAUAUAGAGGAUGUUUGUAUAGGUAA